AUGGCUAGCAGGGCGAUAGGACGGGCUACAGUUCGGGCGGUCACCUCCAAACGUCUGACGCCACAGAAAGCUCCCCUAACUUUGACAACUAACGCUGUUAAAAAACUCAAACAGCUGAUGGCGGACAGGCCAGACAUGCAUGGAGUGUUGAUUGGGGUGAAAACACGAGGAUGUAAUGGCCUGACCUACACACUAGACUACGCCGAUAAGAAAGGCAAAUUUGAUGGGGAAGUAGUUCAAGAUGGUGUGAAGGUUUUUAUUGAUGCUAAAGCCCAGCUGACUUUGCUUGGAACAGAAAUGGAUUACCAUGAAGACAAACUGACGUCUGAGUUCAUCUUCAAUAACCCAAACAUCAAAGGCACAUGUGGAUGUGGUGAAAGCUUCAAUGUAUAA